AUGGCAGCCGAGGCAGGGCUGCUCAAGCUGCCCUUCACCCACGACGACCAACUCACCCGCCGCAUGAGGCUGCGCUUCCAGAGCCUGCAGCAGAGAAACCUGAGGCCCCAGGACGGUGAGAAGCUGCUGCAAGCCCACGAGCACGUCUACAGAGUGGAUUUCAGCCAGCAGCACAACCUGCGCUUCCUCCGCUGGGACAUCCAGUUGGAGAGACCUGGCAAGGUCACAGUGACCGGCACCUCCCAGCACUGGACUCCUGACCUCACCCACCUCAUGAACCGGCAGCUGCUGGAGCCAGCAGGCAUCUUCUGGAAGGAGGCAGGGGCCGGGGAGGUGGAGUGCAACGAGGCAGACGCGCAGGAGUUUGGGGAGCGGGUGGCGGAGCUGGCCCGGAUCCGCAAGGUGAUGUACUUCCUCCUGGCUUUCACCGACGGCCUGGAGCCAGCUCAGCUGAAGGCCUCCAUUGUUUUUAAAGCUUGA